AUGACUUUUCAACCAGAGACCACCUUUCCACUAAAAUCUUCUAACAUUGCUCUCCAGCCCUCUGACUAAGAACUAUAUCAGUUUACUUUCCAAUGGGUUUCCAUUCUAAUGGUAAUAUGGUUUACUCUUUUCACAACCUCCAAGUAUUAUAUUAAGCUACCCAAGAGUUGGAACCUAGUAAAGCCUUUUGAUCAGUUGAUGGUUAGACAUAGAAUCGUCUCAUGUUUCCAUGGAAUUGCUGCUAAUAUUUUUGGACUUAUCUACUAUGCCAAAUACAUUGAUACAACUUGUGGAAAAUCAAACACUUACUUUGAGACAGUAAUGCUUGCAAAUACCUUCACAUUCCUUGCAUCAGAUCUACUUUUCAUGCUUAUCAACGGCUUCCUUGACAUUGGAAACCUAAUCCAUCAUAUGUUGGGCCUCACAUCUUAUUCAUAUUCUCUUUACCUCUAAAGAGACGCCCUCUACAUCUGCUUAAAUUUGUUGCCCGCAGAAAUAUCAAAUAUCUAGAUGAACACGAGAGAAAUUUUCAGAAAGAUAGGAAUGAGAUACACUAAGACAUAUUUCCACAAUGAAUUCCAAUAUUUGAUAAUCUACUUAUUAGCAAGAGUCUUUUGGAUUCCCUCCAUUCUAUAUCCAAUUUUUACUUGCGACUCAUCAAACUGGAUCAUCAGGACUCUCUACAUUUUCCAUGUUGUAUAGAGUUGGUAUUACUGCUCCUAGAUGGUAACACUACUAAAGCAGAGAAUCAACGAAGUGUUAAAACUUAAUAAGCUAAACAUGAAGAUGUCCUGGUUUGAGGGGCUCAGCGAGACUGAAUUAGAGAAAGUUGGAAUCAAACAUUACAGUAACUUUAAGGCUUGA